AUGGCAAAGCCGCGCCUGCCCAACAACUGGACAGCGGAGGGGGAUGAAACCCUGCGCAAGGAAGUCGAGUCAACGCUGCAUGAAUCAGCAACCGCACCGGAAGAUUGGGACUGGUGCCAAAUCGCCGAGAAGCUAUCGGGUCUGACCAACAAAGACUUCAGAAAGCGAUGGUAUAAUGCCAUGGCCGGAGAUCCUCUCAGCCGCUACUGCCUCCAGGGUCGGUUCGAGAUACUGACCCACAAACACAUCAUCCUAUGUCGCAAGCUCCGGCGACAGGUCCAAGACAAACAACACAGUAAAGAGGCCGGCCCAUCCGAUGAGAAUCCCCACCGCCGCAAUAAAUAUGGGAUGGAAGAAGGCAACAGCGAUCAAGAAGAUAUAGGGCUGGGCUGGGCUGAAGGAUUGUCACAGCAGACCUCGGCGCAGAGCAUAACUCUAGGAAGUCGGCCUACCAACUCCACCAUUGGGGACAUGCACGCUUACACUCCCUUCAAUAUACAAGCUGCCCACGGGGUCAUCCUCCUUGUCAACGACCCCUUGAGUGUGGGACCCGUCUGCAAUACCGGAAAUUCACCUUUCCUGGACGUGGCGUCCGACACGCUGAUGAAAAUCUCAGAUUCUCCUUUCUUGGACUUUUUGAUCACUGACCCGGGCAACGCGUCGACGAGUUGGGACAAUCGAUCACUCCCGUCCACCGGCGUAGACUGCGCGAUGCUGUGGGAAUGCCCGGGUGAUAUCGAGACGUCCUACGAGGAUAUCGUGGCCGUAGGAACUUUUGAGUAG